AUGUCGGCAGAAAGUCCCAUUCAGCGGUUAAUUGUUUGUGUCGACUCUGCAGAUUAUGAUCAGGAUGGCAAGUCACCAAGUGGUAACCACAGCACGAUUUACAGAUUGAAAAGCAUUGUGCCUAGCAAGGUGGUCUACGAUGUGAACAAUCAAGCUGUUAACCAGGUGGUGCGCUAUUAUCGUGCGGCUGACGAUGGACCAAGUCUUAUGGAAAGACUGAAAACCAAAGCCACAUCACCAUUCUAUGAGGACCAAAUCAAGGAGAUCGUGAAGACGAUCUGCGAAACUCUCGAAAAACCCACUGAUGAGCUGUUCCUCUAUGGCUUUGGCCGUGGAGCUUUCAUUGUGCGGGCGGUUACUGGACUUCUACAUACUAUGCGGUUACCAAAGAAGUCAGACCUGAAGAACUUUGAUAUUAUCUACAAAACAGGCAUUGAUUGCCUGAAAGCUCGACACGAAGAUGAUAACAUUAAUGGACCUAAGAUGAUUGAUUUCCUCGCCUCGCACACUACCCAGCUUCCUCGAAUUCGAUUUGUAGGGGUCUUCGAUACAGUUGGGUAUACCGCUGAGGGCAAUGUACACGACUUGUCUAUGGUCAACUCCGUUGAAAAUAUGAGGCACGCCAUGGGCAUUAACGAAACGCGGUCUCAGUUGAACCCUAUCUUUAUCGAGACUCCUUCCUUGGAAGAACUGGGGCAAUCAACGCUUAUUCAAGCCUGGUUUAUUGGUGGACAUCAAGACUUGGGUGGCGGAUCCUCUGAAGAUGGACUCUCACUAUACCCUCUACAAUGGAUGAUUCUCGAAAGUAUCAGAGCCGGCGUGAUCUUUCGCUUUGAAGAACAGAAAGGUUCCGGUUCCCCUAUGGAAAAUCCCUUGGCGCUCAGCCUUCCUCACUUCGCUGGUGAGGUACCAACUUUCCGUGGAGAGGAGAAAAUUGAAUGGCAGAUCCAGUACGCAAAUGGCCUCAUUGUCUCCUUAUACGAUCUACAAAGUGUACACGGGCUAUCCACCGAUGCUAAGGACCAAACACACUCUAUACGCAUCAAUCAAACUUCAAGUCUUUAUAAUUCCCAGAGAAAGAUUUUUGGUUCCAAGAACCUAAUGAACGCCAAAAUAGCCACUGUCGAGGGUCUGAUGGGGUGGAAUGACCAAGGACCUUCUGGCACCAUUAUCCAUCCCUCGGUCUAUUGCCUUCUCGAUAGGCACCCGAAGCUCUACGAUCAGUCCCGGUUCAAAUCACUCAAGCAAAAUCUGGGAGAUUUCCGGGACAACUAUCUACAACAAACUGACGGAGCUCUACCACCAUGGCUUGAGGGUAUGGAGCUACAAGCAAGCGGUGUCAAAGCGUUCCGUAUCCUCGUAUGCGGUAAGACAGGAGUGGGCAAAAGUAGCUUGAUCAAUGCCGUUUUCGCGGUCGAUAUGACGGACGAAUCCACCACCUACCAACAAGGUGUGCACGAUAUUAACCAGGCGUUCGAGUCACCAAAUCACCCUGGCCUACUGGUCCAUGACUCAAGAGGAUGGCAAGCAGGCAGUGAUACGGAGUUGGAACUCAUCGCAAAGUUUCUGCGUCAUCGAGCAUUCCAAAAAGAUCCUGCCCAAGCACUACAUGUGAUAUGGUUCUGCGUGGACUCAGACGUUAGUCGCAUUGAAGAGGCCGACAAACGAACAUUCGCAACCAUUGCUCAAUAUUCCAACCACGUUCCCGUAUUCAUCAUUGGCACCAAAAAGGACAAGAUGGUUGGAUAUCGCAAGAUGAAGCUCCUUGAACAGUACAUGGAAAAGACCAACGAUUUUAAAGAAUCCAAUAGGUUAGCGACUGAAGAGGCGAGUAAACAGGCAGAGGAUCAGUUUAUGGGGCUGCGAGACGAGCUUUCCCGCCUACCACAUUACAAAGCAGAUGGAUAUUGCUGUUUAUCAAAAGAUGAUAUGGACGGCAUUAAAAGGCUUCUCUCGCAGACGCUCGAACUGAUAAGUGAUGACAGAGUCCGUCUCUUCUGCGUAGCGGCGCAAGUCGUAGAUGUCGAACAGAAGAUUGACUCGGCAAUUACAGAAUGCAUGCGACUGGCCACGCACGCAGUCCGGACGGCGAUGGUACCACUACCGUUCUCUAGUGCCAUCGGGACGCCGACGGUAGCGCGGAUUCUUUGCGAGCAUAUGCUGCUAUGUUUCGGCUUUCCAAAAGCUAUACCUGACGAGGUCGAGGACAUCAUGCUCAAGAUUUUGUUCGGGCACUUGAAGUCGUUUAUGACUGUCACAAUGGUGGAAUUCGUGGCGGUCUCGGCGAUCACAGCAGGCCUCAUCGUUGGUACCAUGGGUGCUGGCGGUGUCGUUGCUCUAUCUUUGUGUGCACUGGCGGCUCCCCCAACGGCAAGGAUGCUAUUUAAAUGUGCUGCCGAUCUCAUUCUGAUUCUUGAACGGUCUUUCAGAUAUAAAGGGAAAUAUGUGUCCACCAAGCAAAUCGAAGAUGCGGCAAUCUAUUAUACCACCACGAAGGUGACCACUUUUGCAGGCAAAGAAAAAUUGUUGCAGACGCAUGUGCAUGACCAAAUAGACAAACUGAUACCACUGAAAGGUGUCAAACUCGGGUUUAGAUUCGGUAAACUCAGACAAGGAUUAGAGGAGAUUAUAUACAGCAACAGGUUCGAAAAGGUCGAUACCAACUCGAAAGACUCGAUAGCAGAACUGCCCACCAGCGACGCGAUUGCAGAGCUUGAUGCAUCCCCAACCAUCGCGGAACUCCCAGGCAACCAGACGCAAAUUGCAGAGCUACCAGCUGAAGUGAGCUUUCCGGUACGAUACUCUGGCAGUGCGAAUGCGCCUGAUAGCAAGCCGUCACAAGCAGCCACGAGCACGGUUAUUGGAUCGGACACACCGAGUUGGGAUGAUACAUCGACAUUGGCAUACACUAUGAGUGAUGUCGGCCCCAGCAGUGCUACCACGGGUUCAGUGUCCGUGGGCUCGCCAGUAUCGCCUAUGACUCCGGCUCCAGCUCCGGAGAAGAUGAAGGGGAAACGGAGUUGGAAGACCAUGGGGUUCCGAACAUCGUCAAAGGGUAGCCUGUCUAAGACUAAAACUGGAUAG